ACCCCAAAACGCAGCCCACUUCCAUCGAAGCUACGAAACCCAUGUCUUAGCGCGGCCUUGGUGCCGUCGACUCGACGCGCUCCACCAUGGCGCCGCCGCGAAGCCUCGCCGGCGCCGCCAUAGCUGCCACAGCCGCAGCCAUCAUCCUCUCAUGCUUGUUCUACAGGCGCAAAUGCGCUCGUCUGGCCGCGCGGGUCCGCGAGUUGGAGGCGUCACUGGCGGUCACUGCAGAGAAGGCCGCCGCCGAGCGCCGCGGCAGAGUGCGGGCCCAGCAGUCACUGAGGGCUCUGAGUCAGCUGGAGCCUGGUUCCGACGAAGCGAGGCCGACCAAGGCCGCCGCCUCAGCAUCUUACCCGCUGGUGCCGAUUGGUACUGUCGAGUCCUGCUUCUCCACUAGGAACGGUACACCAAGGCAGCCUUUGGUAGUUACAUUAGCCAGGGCAACUUUGGUGCUUGAUCCAGCCCGAGUCCCAGCAGCAGCGCUGGAGGGGCUAGCUAGUUACUCACAUUGCUGGAUCCUUUAUGUUUUUCAUCUGAACACUGAUCUUGAUAAACUGUGGAAAGAUCCUGCUAGGUCUAAGCUAAAAGCAAAGGUAAGGGUACCGAGAUUGAAAGGGGGCAAGAUGGGGGUUUUGGCAACUAGAUCGCCACAUCGGCCCAAUCCAAUCGGACUCAGCGUAGCAAAGGUGUCACCUGAAAUGGUUCAAUGUUUGUCUUCAAUUCUUGUUGCUUUCUGGAACACAUUGAGGAAAUCAAUAUUAGGAUUGAGGAAUUAUGAACUUCUAGUUACGUCUGAAGGAUGUUUAUUUCACAGAUUUCACCACAUGGAUUGUUCCUGUUGUUUUCCUGCAGCAAAGGUGGAGGCGGUGAAUGGACAUACUCUUUUGCUUUCUGGAGUAGAUUUGGUUGAUGGCACGCCAGUCCUUGAUAUUAAACCAUACCUGCCAUAUUCUGACAGUGUUAAAGGUGCAGCUGUUCCCAGUUGGUUAGAGGUUGACGGUGCGUUAGCGGUGGAGUCAGUCCAUUUUUCCGAACACUUCAUUUCUGCGCUCUCCACCUGCUGGAUGCAUGUACAGCAGAUGUCGCUGUAUGCUUCAGCAGACGAGUUCCAGGAUCUGAUCAAGCAGGCCCUUUCCUGGGACAUCAGGUCGAUAUCACAGCGGAACCGUCCCCAUCAAGUGAGCGUGGAAGCUGAUGCCAACGGCCACUGUGGCGAAGACACUGAUGAUGACCACCACCACAGGGACACAGGUCGCUACGGUGUGGUUUACCACUUACAUCUUGAAGGCAUCGAUGUGUCGUAUAGGAUCGAUCAGGGCUCCAACAUUUUCGUCGAGGACGCCACCCUUCUUCCAGACGCCGUCCAGAAACGGCAUGGUUAUUUGGCGUGGAGGGACAAACUUGGCAGCAGCGUUUUGUAGCAUGGCCAUGGCGCAGCGUUUUGUUAUCGUUUUCAGGAGUGCUGCAGUGUGGUGUAGGAUGUCAGUAGUGAUGCCAAUGAAUUUGAAUGUGGUGGCGUCUAGUAUCUGAAUUGGAUUUGGAACGUAUACCCCCUGUUUUGCGUUGAGUCUCUGAUUUCUUGAUGUUACACACAAGCAGAGGAUCUGGCAGAUCAUAAGUACAUUGAAAAAAAGAUGAGAAAAAGGUGACAUCCGUUGA